AUUAAUUGAAUUAAAAAUAUCGGUGUGACAAUCUGUAAAGUUUUAAUUGAACUUUUAUAGAGAUUCAUUAGGAUAAUUCAGGAUGUCUUAUCGCUAUCAUUAUGGGGCGCAGUAUGAGCCCGGUGCUGGCCAAUGCGCCGUACCCCAAGGAACGCAAAGCAGAUUGGUGUAUAACGAAUAUCCACCGCGGCGGAUUGACAGAUACCGAGGUGGUCCAAAUAUACAGAGGAGAAUGACUCAGAGAGAGGAUGUGCUCAAGUUUGAGCAGGGUAGGAUUAAAGCCCUGCAGGAAGAGAGGUUACAUAUUCAAAAAAAAACAUUUACAAAAUGGAUCAAUUCAUUUUUAUUAAAAGCUCGUAUGGAAGUCGAGGAUUUAUUUACCGACCUCGCGGAUGGAAAAAAAUUAUUAAAGCUUCUGGAAAUUAUAUCUGGAGAGAGAUUGGCUAAGCCGAACAAUGGACGAAUGAGAGUCCACAAGAUUGAGAAUGUAAAUAAAUCGUUGGCAUUCCUUCAUACCAAGGUACGGUUAGAAAGUAUAGGAGCUGAAGAUAUUGUUGAUGGAAAUCCUCGAUUGAUAUUGGGUUUGAUAUGGACAAUCAUUUUACGUUUCCAAAUUCAAGAAAUAGAGAUUGAUGUUGAUGAAGAGAAUGAAAGCAGUGAGAAAAAAUCAGCUAAAGAUGCAUUGCUGCUUUGGUGUCAAAGGAAAACCAAUGGAUAUCCAGAUGUCAAUAUACAAGACUUUACAGUAUCUUGGCGAAGUGGUUUGGGUUUCAAUGCUCUUAUUCAUGCUCAUCGACCAGACCUUGUCAAUUGGUCAGAGUUGCAGCAAAAUAAACAUAUUGACAAUCUCAAUUAUGCUUUUGAUGUUGCAAAUACUGAGCUUGGAAUCCCAAGGCUUCUUGAUGCUGAAGAUGUGGAUACAGCGAGACCGGAUGAAAAAUCUAUCAUCACAUAUGUGGCUUCAUAUUAUCAUACAUUUGCCAGGAUGAAAAAUGAAAUAAAGAGUGGCAAAAGGAUAGCAAAUAUUGUUGGGCAAAUGAUGGAUGCGGAUAAAAUGAAAAUUCAUUAUGAACAACUAACCACAAAUUUACUUGAAUGGAUAAAGCUUAAAAUAACAGUGCUUGAGAAUAGGAAUUUUCCCAAUUCAUUGGAGGGUAUCCAACGUGAACUGCUGGCCUUUAAACAGUAUCGAACCGUGGAGAAGCCACCGAAGUACAAAGAACGUUCAGAAAUUGAAGCACUAUAUUUUCACAUUAAUACACAAUUGAAAUCAUUGAAUCAGCCUGCAUUUAUACCCCAAGAAGGACAAUUGGUACAGGAUAUAGAGAGAAAUUGGGUAGAAUUGGAAAGUGCUGAACAUCGGCGAGAAGUAGCCCUUCGUACUGAAUUAUUACGGCAAGAAAGGCUAGAACAACUCAAUUACAAAUUCGAGAAAAAAAGUGUACUAAGAGAAGGUUAUCUCAAAGAAAUGAUUCAAGUCUUGUCGGAUCCACGAUAUGGCAGCAAUUUAACUCAAGUAGAUGCUACUGUAAAAAAACACGAGGCCAUAAGUGCUGAUAUUCUAGCACGAGAGGAAAGAUUUCAUGAUUUAACGAAUAUGUCUGAAGAACUCGUGAGAGAAAAUUAUCAUGGAUUAGAACGUGUUAGAUCACGUUCACAAGAAGUUCUCCAAAGGUGGAAACAGCUUUUAACAUUAUUAGACUAUCAUAAAGCUAAUCUUGCUGCACUAUGUUCUCUUAUGAGUUUGAUGAGAGAGAUUGACACCACAUUGGCAAGCAUACGAGAACUUCAACUUAAUUUCCAAAGUACAGAUGUAGGACCACAUUUGUUAGGAGUUGAAGAUUUAUUGCAGAAACAUAGUCUGCAAGAGCUUCAAGUGACAGCACUUGGUGAAACACAACGACGACUUGGUAGACAAGCAGCACAGCAUCUCACACAACCGCUGAGUAAGGAAGCGCCGUUACUUGAACAAAAACUGGAGACAUUAAACAGUGCUUACAAUGAUUUAGUCGAGAAUAGUAAAGAACGUAAAGCUCGUCUGGAAGACGCUAGAAAUUUUUUUCAUUUUAUCCAAGAUCACGAAGACGAAGAAUCAUGGUUAAUUGAGAAACAACGUAUUUGUAAAGCUGGUAUCUCAGCUAAAGACCUUAGAGCGGUAAUAUCAUUACAACAAAAACAUAAAGCACUGCAAGAUGAAAUGAAAGUGAGACGACCAAAGUCUGAACAACUCUGUGGUACUGGACAGAAAUUAAUAGCGGAUAAACAUCCAUCAUCAUUGGAAAUCAAAAAUCGUAUAGAAUCACUUCAAGAACAUUGGAAAGUUCUAGAAGAAUUAGCUGCCUUGAGAAAGAAACAACUUGAUGAUGCAGCUGAGGCUUUCCAGUAUUAUACAGAUGCAAAUGAGGCAGACUCUUGGAUGAAUGAAAAAAUGACUCUAGUGGCAUCAGUAGAUUUUGGAGUUGAUGAACCGAGUGCUCAAGCAUUGCUCCAAAGACAUAAAGAUCUUGAAGGAGAGCUUAACGCCUACAAAGGAGAUGUUCAAUCACUUAAUAUUCAAGCUGAAAAACUUAUUAAAGCAGGAAUUUCGACUUUAGAAUUAUCUACAGAUUUAGAUCCAGUAGCUGAAAUUGAACAAGAAGAAUGGAGUAAAGAAGUACGAUUAGUUCCUCAAGAUGAGUGGGUUGAUGAAAUAAUAGAACGAAUAGAACUUAAAACUGUUCAUGAAGAUAGAUUAGUGCCACAAGUUAGAAGUUUAUAUCCUUUUAGUGGUCAAGGCAUGCAUAUGAACAAAGGUGAGGUAAUGUUUCUGUUAAAUAAAACCAACCCUGAUUGGUGGAAUGUUAGAAAAGCUGAUGGUACUGAUGGCUUUGUUCCUGCAAAUUACGUUCGCGAAAUAGAGCCGAAGAUAAUACAGGUACAAGUGAAAAGACCAGACAAAGUACGUAUUACACAACGUGUUAAAAAGACAAAAAUGGUUAAUCAAGUGAUUCCAGUGAGGAGAGUUAAAUCGAUUAAAUCAACUGUCAAACCAAUUAAACGUAAAACUACUAGUGAUAGUGAUAGUGUAGAAAAGAGGCAGAAAAAAAUUAAUGAAACAUAUGAUGAGCUGCAAAAAUUAGCUAUUAGACGUCACGCUCUUCUUGAAGAUGCCAUUAGACUUUAUGGAUUUUAUCGUGAAUGUGAUGACUUUGAAAAGUGGAUUAAAGAUAAAGAAAAGAUGCUACGUGCCGAUGAUUCUCGCGACAAUGUCGAAACAGCCAAGAGAAAGUAUGAGAAAUUUUUGACAGACUUAUCAGCUUCAGGAAGACGAGUUGAAGCAAUUGAUGCUGCUGUUAAUGACUUCGUUAAACAGGGUCAUAGUCAAUUAGACAAGGUCAAAGCUCGACAAAGGCACAUUCAUCAGCUCUGGGAUCAUUUAAAUUGGUUAAAAGCUCAGAAAGAAAAGAGUUUGGAAGGUGCAUCGAGUGUAGAACUUUUCAAUCGUACUUGUGAUGAAGCACAUGAUUGGAUGUUGGAAAAAAUAACUCAGCUUGAUACUGCUGAAUUAGGACCAGAUUUAAAGACUGUUCAAGCUCUACAACGUAGACACCAGCAUUUAGAGAGAGAAUUAGCUCCAGUUGAAGAAAAAGUUCGUAAGGUUAAUCUCUUAGCUAAUAGUGUAAAAAGUUCAUAUCCAAAUGAGCAUAAAAAUGUCGAUGCAAGACAAAAUGAAAUCAAAGAAUUAUGGAAUAAAGUUCAAUCAAAAGCAAAAGAACGUCGUUCUCGUUUGGAGGAUGCUGUAGGACAACAAAUAUUUAUGAAUAGUUCAAAGAGUUUAAUAAACUGGGCAUUAGAUGUUCAGGAAGCGAUGAAAGCUGAGGAACCUGUUAGAGAUGUCACCACGGCUGAAAAACUUAAAAAACAUCACACAGAACUUGGAGAAGAAAUAAAAACUCGCGAAGAUGAAUUCCGCGAAGUUGAGGCGCUAGGUAAUCAGUUGUUAAAUCGUAAUCCUGCUUUAACGGAUGUUCGUGAACGUCUGGAUAAAUUGCAUGGCUUACAUCAAGCAGUGACAUCUGACUGGAAUGCUAAAGAAGAAUGGCUACGACAAUGUUUAGAAUUACAGCAGUUCAAUAGAGAAGCUGAUCAGAUUGAAGCCACUACCAGUUCUCACGAAGCAUUUCUUGAAUUCACAGAUUUGGGAGAAUCACUGGAUGAUGUUGAAGCUUUGCUAAAACAACACGAGAAAUUCGAAAAUACUUUGCAUGCUCAAGACGAAAGGUUAAAAGCAUUCAGCGAUACUGCUGAUAGACUGAUAGCUCAAGAUCAUUAUGAAAAAGAUUAUAUUAAUGAGAAAAGAAAUCAGGUUCUUGCUCGUCGAGCGGCAGUUAAAGAGGCAACACAAGCACGACGUGCUGCACUUAAAGCAUCAGAACAAUAUCAGCAAUUUUCUGCUGAAGUUGAUGAUCUUCACGACUGGCUUGGAGAUAAAAUGAAGGUUGCUGCCGACGAAAGCUAUCGAGAUCUUAAUAAUUUAGAGCGUAAACUUCAAAAACACGAAGCAUUUGAGCGUGAAUUGAGAGCUAAUGAAGGCCAACUUCGUGCUGUAAAUAAGGCUGGUAAAGCUUUGAUUUCAGAGAAAAAUUAUAGAUCCAAUGACGUUGGAGAAAUGCUAAAAAACCUUAAUAAUAAAUGGAGUCAAUUGGUAGCCUUGUCAUUAGAAAAAGGUAGACGACUUCGUCAAGCAGCUUGUCAACAUGGUUACAAUAGAACAAUGGAGGAUGCGCGGUUGAAGUUGGAAGAAAUUGAAACUUCUUUACAAAGUAAACAAGUUGGAACAGACCUCAGAAGUUGUAAAGAACUUUUAAAGAAACAUCAGACAUUGGAAACUGAUAUGUAUCAGUGGGAACAAAAGGUCGACGAUCUGGUGGCAAUGGGUGAAGAAAUGGCGCAUGAAGGACAUUUUGAUGCUCAAAAUAUUUUGAAAACUUGUCAAACAACACAACAAAAAUUCCGUAGCCUUAAAAGUCCAGCUCAAAUGAGACGCGAAGCUCUUGAAGAAAGUUUGCGGUUCCAUAAAUUUGGAUUUGAACUUGAUGCUGAAUUACAAUGGAUUAAAGAUCAUCUUCCUCAAGCAUCGUCAACUAUGCUUGGACAAAAUCUUCAUCAGGCCCAGACAUUACACAAGAAACAUAAGAAACUUGAGGCAGAAAUUUCAGGACAUCAACCAAUGAUAGAUAAAACAUUGGCUACAGGUCAAGCAUUAAUUGAUCAAGUCCAUCCUGAAAGAAAAAAGAUUCAAGAACUCUGUGAACAACUGGAUUGUGCUUGGAAAGACUUGCAAAAUAAAGCAGGAGAGCGUAGCCGAGCAUUGGAUUUAUCACUACGAGCUCAGGAAUUUUUCUUUGAGGCCGGUGAAGUUGAAAGUUGGUUGAGCGAAAAGAAUGAUGUUUUGAGCUCAACUGAUUACGGCAGAGAUCGUGAUGCAGCAACUAAAUUGCUUACCAAACACAAGACUGUGGAACUAGAGCUAGAUACAUACAACGGAAUUGUCACAGAAAUGGGCCACACAGCUGCUGCGAUGGUAAAUGCAAAACACCCUGACAGCAAAGCUAUAGCUAGUAAACAACAAAACAUAGCCCAGCAAAUACGAUCACUUCAAAAACUAGCGACAACUAGGCAACAACGGCUAAUGGAGAGCAUGUAUCGACACGAAUAUUUCCUUGAAAGUCGUGAAUUAGAACAAUGGAUUAAAGAACAAGAACAAACUGCUGCAUCAGAAGAUUAUGGACAAGAUUACGAACAUUUAUUAGUUUUACAAGCUAAGUUUAAUGACUUUAAACAUCGAAUAGAAGCAGGUUCUGAAAGAUUCAAUCAGUGUGAAGAACUUGCUAAGAAAUUAAUUGGCAAUGAAAGUCCUUACAUUCAAGAUAUUGAAAAACGUCAAGAGCAACUUGGGGAAUCGUGGCAGCAUCUUCUUGGAUUACUUAGUCAUCGUGAACAAAGAUUGCAAGCAGCAGGUGAAAUUCACCGUUUCCAUCGUGAUGUUGCAGAAGCUUUGUCACGAAUUCAAGAAAAAGAAGCAGCACUUCCUGAAGACUUGGGCCGUGAUUUAAAUUCUGUAUUAGCUCUUAUAAGACGCCAUGAAGGUUUUGAAAAUGAUUUGGUAGCUUUAGAAGCUCAACUUCAAGUAUUGGUUGAAGAUGCUUCAAGGCUUCAAGUUUUAUAUCCUGGAACUAAUGCUACUUUUAUUGAUCAACAACAACAAAUUGUCAUAGCAAAUUGGGAGGAACUGAAAGAAAAAUCCGCUCACAGGAGAGAUCAAUUACAAGCUAGUUGUGAUCUUCAACGUUUCCUCACUCAAUUACGUGAUUUAAUGAAUUGGGCUGCUGGUUUACGUGCCGCAUUGUCGACAGAAGACAAAGUACGUGAUGCUGCUAGCGCUCAAAUUCUCAAAGCCGAACAUGAAGCUUUAAAAGGUGAAAUAGAAGCUAGAGAAGAUUCUUUUAGUUCUGUACUUGAUCUCGGAGAAGCAAUGGUACAAACGGGUCAUUAUGCAGGUCCAGAAGUUGAAGAAAAAUGUAAUCAGUUAUUAGAAGAACGCCAGAAACUUCAUACAGCUUGGCAAAAAAAGAAAAUUCAUUUGGAUCAACUUAUCGAUCUUCAUUUCUUCCUUCGUGAUGCCAAGCAAUUGGAUAACUUAUCUGCUACUCAAGAAGCUGCCCUUAGUGGCGAUAAUUUUGGAGUUUCUGUUGAAGAAAUUGAUGGACAAGUCAAGAAACAUAAUGAGUUUGAAAAAUUAUUGGUUACUCAGGAAGAAAAAUUAACUGCACUUCAAGAACAUGGUGGAAAAUUGUUGGCUCAAAAUCAUUUCGAUUCUCCAACUAUUUCAAAACGACUUCAGGAAGUUUCAGAGAAGCGUGCAAAGAUUCGACAACUUUGCGAUGCUAAACGUAAAAGGUUGGAAGCUAGUCUUCUUCACGUUCAAUUUAUCCGUGAUGUUGGUGAAGCAGAAUCAUGGAUUGGUGAAAAACAAAAGAAACUUGAAGCAGAAGCCUCUAAAGGUGAAGUGCUGAGUUUGGGAGAUAAAAUUAAAAAAUUACAAAAACAUCAAGCAUUCCAAGCUGAACUGGCAGCUAAUCAGAGUAGAAUUGAAGAGAUUAAAACGAAAGGAGAAACAUUAAUUGCUCAAAAACAUCCAUCGAGUGCUGAAAUUCGAUCUCAAUUAGAAAAACUUCAGGCAACUUGGAGAAAACUUUUGGUGGUUUCUGGCAAUCGAGGAAGAGGUUUAGAAGAAGCUCAAGAUAUUUUGGAGUUCAAUAAUCAAGUAGAAAAAAUAGAAGCUUGGAUUAGAGAUAAAGAAAUGAUGGUCCAAGCUGGAGACACUGGAAAAGAUUAUGAGCAUUGUUUAAGUCUACAGCGAAAAUUAGAUGAUGUUGACAGUGACAUGAGAGUCGAUGAUACAAGAAUAAAAUCCAUUAAUUCUCUUGCUGAUAAAUUAAUAAAACAAGGUCACGACGAUGAAUCUAAAGCCAUCCAACAGAGACGAGAUAAUGUUAAUAAUAAAUGGAAGAGUCUUCAAGGUGCUCUAAGUAAUUAUAGAACUCUUCUUGCGGGUGCUUUGGAAAUUCAUUUAUUCAACCGCGACAUAGAUGAUACUAGCCAACGAGUUAUUGAAAAAUCUUUAGCUAUGAAUACUACAGAUGUAGGAAAAGAUCUGGCUGCUGUAGAACAACUUCAACGUAAACAAGAAACAAUGGAAAGAGAUAUGACAGCAAUCGAAGGUAAAUUAAAAGAACAUAAAACUGAAGCGAAAAAAUUAUCAUCCAAAUAUCCUGAUAAUGCUCCACAAAUAAAUGCUAUGUUACAUAAUCUCCAAUCAAACUGGGAUGAAUUGCAACAUUUAACCAACCAUAGACGGAAUGUUCUUAAUGAAGCUUAUACUCUCCAUAAAUUCCGUGCAGAUUUACAUGAAGUAGAAGUUUGGGUGGCAGAUACAAUCAAACGAAUGAAUGAAUUUGAAGCACCAACAACAAUUUCUGAAGCUGAAGCAUUACUGGAACUUCAUCAAGAAAGAAAAGCUGAGAUUGAUGGUAGACAAGAUAUGAUAAAAGCUUUACAUGAGCAUGGAACAAAAUUAAUAUCAAUCGAUCCUGAAGUAAAACAAAGUCUUAAUCACUUGGAAAAAAUACGUGCUGGUCUUGUUGAUGCUUGGACAGAAAGAAAAGAAAAAUUAAUGCAAGCUUAUCAUUUACAGCAAUUUAAAGAACAAGCUGAUCAAGCUGAAAGUUGGCUGGCAACUAAAGAAGCUUUCCUUAAUAAUGAAGACCUUGGAGAAUCACUCUCAGGUGUGGAGACAUUAAUUCGUAAGCACGGAGAGUUUGAAAAAAUGCUUAAAUCUCAAUUGGGAAGAAUUGACGAGCUUGAAGUUUUUGCUAAAAACAUUCUCAAAGACAACCCAGUCGACGCAGCCAUAAUUACAUCAAGAUUAAAGACUGUAUGUACCAGAAGAGAUAAACUAGAAGAUAAUGCGUCAAUUAGAAUGAAAAAACUUGUAGAAAGUCGGCAGUUACAUCAAUUCCUGAGAAAUAUUUAUGAAGUAGAAGGUUGGUUACAUCAGAAGCAACAAGUGGCUGGUGAUGAAAACUAUCGAGACUCGACAAAUUUGCAAAGUAAAAUCCAAAAACAUCUGGCAUUUGAAAGUGAAUUAAUGGCUAAUAGAGGAAGAAUUAGUGCGAUAAUGAACGAAGGUGAAGGACUUAUUGAAAAUAAUCAUUUUGCUUCUAAAGAAAUUCAAGAUAGAUUAGAAGAUCUAGAAUCAGAAUGGCGAAUUCUUCAAGAGACGAGUGAAUUAAAAAAGAAUCGCCUUAAUGAUGCCUAUCAAGCAUUAUUAUUUGGACGCAGUUUAGAUGAAUUUGAAGCAUGGAUGGAUGAUAUCGAAACUCAAUUACAAUCAGAAGAUCAUGGAAAAGAUCUAUCCAGUAUUGCUAAUUUAUUAAAGAGACAUACAAAUUUGGAAAACGAUGUUCUAGGUCAUAAUGAAGCAUGUGAAUCUAUCAAAGAAACUGCUACGAAUUUCCAGAAAACAAAACAUUUUAUGUGUGAUGAAAUUCAAGAAAGAGCUCAAGCUUGCAUCGCUAGAUAUCAUGGUCUUCAAGAACCAAUGCAAAUUAGAAGGGAUAAUUUAGAAGAUGCUAAACAACUUCAUCAGUUUUUGAGAGAUGUUGAAGAUGAACUUCACUGGCUUUCUGAAAAAGAACCUCUUGCAUCUAGUAAUGACUUAGGCAGUUCAUUGAUGACUGUUCAAAGACUGCAGAAAAAACAUCAAGGUCUUGAAGCGGAAUUAAUUUCUCGAGAACCAGUAGUUGCAUCGUUAGCUGCUCGUGCUGCCGGAAUGGUGAGAAAUGGGCACUUUGCUGCUGACAAAAUUGAAUUAUCAAUCCAAGAGUUACAGAAAAAAUUAAUUCAUCUAAGAGAUUUAGCGAGUGUAAGAAAAUUACGACUUCUUGAUGCAGUUGAGUCACAACUAUUUUAUGCUGAAGCAUCAGAAGCUGAACAAUGGAUUAAAGAAAAACAUCCUUUACUUACAUCGACUGACUAUGGAAAGGAUGAAGAUUCUGUUCAAUCAUUAUUGAAAAAGCUCGAAGGCCUUGAGCGAGAUUUAUCAUCGUUUGAAAGUACAGUAGAAAAUUUGAAAAAAUUAUCUCUAGGAUUAAUAAAUCGACAUCAUUUCGAUAGUAAAAAUAUAGAACAGAAGCAAAAAGAAAUUGAACAAAAAUUCAAAGAAUUACUUAAAUUACAAGAUUUUCGGUUACAUAGAUUAUUAGAGAGUGAAAAAUUCUUCCAAUUCAUUCGUCAAGCUGAAGAAGUUAUUGAAUGGAUUGGUGAUCAAACUACAAUAGCCGCUUCUGAAGAUUAUGGACGUGAUGUAGAGCAUGUUGAAUUAUUAAUUCAAAUAUUUGAUAAUUUCUUAGCUAGUCUUGCAACAAGUGAAGGUCGUGUGGUGACAUUGAUAGAAGCGGGAAAAAAAUUAUUGGAAGAAAAGAAUCCAGAAUCAAAUAAAAUCCAUGCCAAAAUUGACGAAACUAAACAACAAUGGGACGACUUAAAAGAAUUAGCUCAUGCUAGGCAAGAAGCGUUAGCUGGAGCUAAACAAGUUCAUAUGUUUGAUCGAACAGCAGAUGAAACGAUUUCCUGGAUUCAAGAAAAAGAAGCUAGCUUGAGCUCUGAUGGUUAUGGACAUGAUUUAGAGACAAUUCAAGCACUUGUAAGAAAACACCAAGGUUUUGAAACAGAUUUAGCUGCUGUUAAAGAACAAGUGGAAUCUGUUAUGGCUGAAGCAUCAAGACUUGCAGAAUUAUUCCCAGAUGCUCGAGAACAUAUUGCUGUAAAACAUGAAGAAGUUGAUGAAAGCUGGAGUGAAUUAUUAGAGAAGGCAGCACAGAGAAGCAGUAAAUUAGCCCAAGCUGAACAGCUUGAAGCUUACUUCGAUGAGUAUAGAGAUUUGGCUUUUUGGAUAAAUGAAAUGGUGGCUAAAGUAACAGCUCCAGAACUCGCUCGAGACGUUCCGGGCGCUGAGAUUUUAAUCUCACGCCACAAUGAGUACAAAGUGGAAAUAGAUUCUCGACAAGAUGCUUUCUCAAAGUUUAAUAAAACUGGAAAAGGUUUAAUUGAGCAAGGUCACUUCUUGGCUAAAGAAAUACAAGAAAAAAUUUCAAUUCUUGAACAAAGAAAACAAGUGUUAAUGGAUACUUGGGAACAACGGAAAUUGAUUUAUGAACAAAACUUAGAUACUCAGAUAUUUAAGCGUGAAGCUGAAACUUUGGAAAAUUGGAUAAUAAGUAGAGAGCCAAUGCUUCAUGAUGGUAAUCUUGGUGAAACGAUUCCACAGGUAGAAGAUUUAAUCAGAAAGCAUGAUGAUUUUGAGAAGACAAUAGAAGCUCAAGAAGAGAAGUUUGAAGCUCUUAAACGAGUUACUAUGUUAGAACUUGCCUUCCAGAAACAACAAGAGGCUGAACAAGCUGCACGUCAAGCAGAAAAGGAACGAAUUGAGCGUGCACGUAUUGAAGAAAGAAAGCGAAAAGAAGUACAGAGAAUUACUGAAGAACGUAAACGAGAAGAGGAACGCAGAAAAUUAUUGGAUAGUCCACAUCGAGCUACUCAUGAUGUAGUGAAUGGAACAUCUGAAAAUCAUGAGUCUAUGAAUCGAUUAACACCUCUCAAGGCUCAACAAGCUCAAGAAACACCUUCUAAACUUCAUGGAAUAUCUCAUGUAUUUGGAGAUCGUCUUAAACGCAAUACUGCUGAUAUCAAACGUGCAGAAAGUAUGAAAGUUGAUACGAAAAAGCCGAAACGCACUCCCAGUUUUACUACUCGAAGACGAACUCAGAGUUUCAGAAAACACCAAAGGAUGGAAAAUAUGGAUCCAUUGAGUCCAGUAGAAAUUCAAGGAGUUCUUGAAAGAAAACAUGAACUUCAAAGUGGUGGAAAGAAGGCUGCGGUACGUUCAUGGAAACAAUAUUUCACUGUUCUCUGUGGACAAUUAUUAUGUUUCUUUAAAGAUUAUGGAGAUUUCUCACUUAGCAAAGCUGCUACUGCUCCAAUAACAAUCUACAAUGCUACUUGUGAAAAAGCUGAUGAUUAUACCAAGAGAAAAAAUGUUUUCAGACUCAAAUGUACAGAUGGUUCUGAAUUUUUAUUUUUAGCUGCUGAUCAACAAGAAAUGGAAGAUUGGGUGAAUAAAAUUUCAUUCCAUGCUAAACUUCCUCCAAGUAUGCAACUGUUGAAAUAUGAUGAAUCACAAAAAGACAAUGUGGGAAGAUUACAAGGUGAUACACCUGAUAUUCCUGGUGACGAUAAUAAUUCUACAGGAAGUAGUCAUGUAUCAACUCCUGAAUUUGAACGUAAGAAUUCAGUUAUUCGACGAGAUCUUUCACAAGAUCAUGUGUCAAGCAAUGUACAGGUUGAAUUUCUACAAAAACACCGACAAAAUCAACAAUUAAGAGAAUCAAGAAAUGCAGAAUUACUAGCUUCAGAAUCAUCACAACCACAAACUGAAUUUUUGCAAAAACACCGACAACAACAAAUUUUGGCUCAUCAGCAAAUGGUUCAACAAGAACAAUUGUCUGCUCAAAGAGAUCAUCCUAAUGACUGUCCACCAAUUCCAGCUCGUGGAGCACCACCACCUAUUCCUGUUCGAUCGCCGAGCUCUGAAAAUGUCGUUCAGUUGCGACGUAAUGAUGCUGAUCAUUAUACACCAUCAGCGAGACCACAGUCCUAUCAGCAGCGAAGCUCAACAUUAAACCACAAUGGCUCGGAACAAAAUGCAGGCACUGUUUGGCAUAGGCCAGGAAGCAUGGAAUUUAAUUCUCCCUCACAAGAAGUAGCACCUCCCCUGCCAUCAAGUGCCCCCCCGCCAGUCAGGAUGGCUCAAUGGAAUACUCAUGAUCCCGCUUAUGGGUAUUCGGUCAAUAUGCGACAGGGUGGACAACAACCUGUUAAUUCAUUUACUGGAAGACCAACAUCUUUACCACCUUAUGUUGCACCACCACCAGCUGUACCAGCUGGAGCUUCAGGAAUAUCAGUAGUUGAUGGAAGAAGAGCAUCAGAAAGUGGGUCAGAAAGUGAACAAAGCUCGGGAGGAUCUCGUAAAGAUCGAGAUUAUAAACGUAGUUCAGUUUUGAGUAAUUUAUUUGGAAGACGAAAAAAGCCACCUCACUCGUAGCACUAUUUAAACCAACAUUGUUUAUAUUUAAACAAAGCGAAAUAAUUGAAUAGUUAUCGAAUCACAAAGGAUCAGGAAUUUUUAUGUUACUUUAUUUAAUGAGUCUAAUAUUAAACUAUAGUUAAAAAAUUAAUUUUAGCAAGUCGUACCUACGUAAAAGAAUCACAAUGAAUAUAUAAGUCAAUGGGUUAAACUGAUUUUUUGUAUUAUCUUUUAUUUUUUAAAUUGUAAUAUUAUAUUAGUGAACAAUCAUUAUAUAUUAAUGAAUAAUGUAAUAAAUUAAUUGUUAUCAUGUGUAAUUGAAUUUCCGGGAGGGUGAAUUCAAUGCAAUUAAAUAUUAUUAAACUGUGGCUUGAAAUGUACCUGACUCUCGGGGAUAAAAUUGAACAUGUGUCAGAUAAACAAGAAAAAAAGAUGUAGAUGUUAUAUAUAUUAUAUAAUUAUUAUAUUACAAGUAUUCACAGAUGUUAUAUACAAAAGCUACAAUGUAUUUAGAACCAAUGAUCAAUAUAAACUUUAUCAAAAUGAUUUUAUAAACUCUGGAUAAACAAAUACAAUAAAUAAAUAU